CCCUCCCCCCUCGCCGUUAGGGAGGGUCCGCGCCUCAGCCGCUGCCUUUGCCGCUCUAGCCGUUGCCCUCCCCACCCCUCCCCCGGUUCUCGGCGCCGUUUUUUUUUCUUUUUUCCCCGGGGGCGGUGAAUCCGCGAAGGGGCUCACACCGGCCCGGACUAGCAGUGCCUCCGCCGCCGCUUCCUCUGCUGCUGCUGCCGCCUCAGCUACUCGCCCGCCCGCGACCGCCUCGGGAGAAGACACAAGACUCAGCCACCGCUGUCGGAGCCUUGGCCCUCCUGCCGCUGCCGCUUUGCGGGGCGGUGCUGAGGCUGAGGCAGCUGCCGCGGCGGGUCCUGGAGAAGCGGCCGCGGCCGGGGAAGGGGGAGUCGCGCUUCCAACGAUUAACUGCUGAAGUACUGAUAGAGUUCUGCGUUUCUUCAAUGAGGAACUACAGGCUCAUCUUCUGCCAUAAUCUCAAACAGCCAUAAAUGACAAAAGAAUGCUUGCUCAGUGAGGGUAGCUGGUGCAGAAACCAUUUUUUAAACUUAGGUGUGUAAGUACUCAAAGAAAAGACAGCUUUGAUUUCUGGCUGCAAAAAGAUAUGAGGAAGAGCUCUUCCCCUUCCUUGAGUAACUGCAACUCCGUACUUGCUAACAAAAUAUUUGGAAUUCCACUUGAUGAGCUGCAGCAGGGAGGACAUCCAGACAAUGAGGUUCCGUUCAUAGUUCGCCACGUUGUGGACUAUAUUGAGGAACAUGGAGGUCUGGAGCAAGAAGGACUUUUUCAAGUCAAUGGAAAUGCUGAGACGGUGGAGUGGCUUAGGCAGAGAUAUGACAAUGGAGAAGAUGUGGAUUUGGUUAAGGAAGCAGAUGUUCCCUCAGCUAUUAGUCUUCUUAGGUUUUUCCUUCAAGAACUUCCAGAACCUGUCAUCCCUGGUAGCUUGCAUAUUCACUUGAUGCAACUUUCUCAAGAUUAUAAUAAUGAAGAUGAAUUUGGAAGAAAGUUGAGGUUCCUCUUGCAACAGCUUCCACCUGUUAAUUACAGUUUGUUAAAGUUUCUGUGUAGAUUUUUAGCCAACGUAGCAUCACAUCAUGAAGAAAUUUGGUCUGCAAAUUCUUUGGCUGCCGUCUUCGGUCCAGAUGUCUUCCACAUUUAUACCGAUGUGGAAGAUUUGAAAGAGCAAGAAAUAGUCAGCAGAAUUAUGGCUGGACUUCUGGAAAAUUACUAUGAGUUUUUUGAGAAUGAAGAGGAAGAUUUUUCAUCUACUAAUGACUUGAGUUCACUAACUGAACAGGCAGGCAACAGCGUUCUCCACAAGCUGGAGUCUGGAGAGCAGGCAUUUCACGAGGCCCUAGAGAAGGGAAUUACAACAAUGAAAGAAAGAAGAGAUAUCAAUGAACUCUCUGAGGAAGAGGAAGAAGAUGAAAAACUAGAGCAGUCAGAAGAACUUCCAGAAGAUUGUGCAGAGAAAUCUAAGGAAAUGCCAGAUGUGGUACACUUGAGGAUGACUGAGAACAUCCUGGAAUCUAAUAGUGUUAAAGCAUCAACAAGUGCUCAUAUAUCUCCCAUCAACAUCUUACCGGCCUCUGCAGACAUUUUAGAAAGAACAAUUAGAGCAGCUGUGGAACAGCACCUUUUUGAUCUGCAGAGCAGCAUAGAUCAUGAUCUAAAGAAUUUACAACAGCAUGGUGUGGGACAUAAUAAUGAAGCAAAAAAUAUAAAUUGUGAUGGAGAAGGAUCUAAUAACCAGGAUACUAUUGCUGGUGAUAUUAAUGCUAGUGAGAGUAACCAAGAUUGCUCUGAAACAUUGACUAGCACAAAUUUAGAGAAUGAAGCAAUUCAGCCUGAUUUUGCUUUUGAAAAUGAAGAAAAUGACCAGUCUGUAGAUAUACUGUUAGAGCCAUGUAUUGAACAUAGUGAUGAUGAAGAUGAAGAUGUUCAGAGGAAUGAAUUUGUGCCAUUUAAUGACAGUGGUAAAUCUUCACAAUUGACUCUGGAUCCUAAUAGAAAGAUAUGUGAUUUGAAUGCCAACACUGAAUCAGAAGUGCCAGGAAAUGAAAGUGGUGGUGGUGUUCAUGGAGAAGCAGCAUGUUUGCAUAUCCCUCAUUUAGAGCUGAAGAAUAUUUCUGAUGGUGAUAAGUGGGAAGCGUCAUGCCCUAUCACUUUCCCCCUCAUUGAUUUCAAAACAAUGCAUCUGCAGAGAGAUGGGGAGGAGCCAUUUCCUGCUUUUAAGUCUUGGCAGGAAGAUUCUGAAUCUGGAGAAGCUCAACUUUCCCCACAAGCUGGGAGAAUGACCCAUCAUCCCCUUGAAGAAGACUGUCCCCCUAUACUGUCACAUCGUAGUUUAGAUUUUGGACAAAGCCAGCGGUUCUUGCAUGAUCCGGAAACUUUGGAUUCUUCAUCUAAAGCACUUUCUUUUGCCAGGACUCGAAGAGCAUCCUUUAGUUCAAAAGAUGACAAAAGGGAAGAUAAAACACCUUAUCAGUUGGUCAAGAAACUACAGAAGAAAAUCAAACAAUUUGAAGAGCAAUUUGAAAAAGAAAAAAACAGUAAGCCCUCCUAUAGUGAUAUUGCAGCCAAUCCCAAGGUUUUAAAGUGGAUGACAGAGCUUACUAAACUAAGGAAGCAAAUAAAAGAUGCAAAGCACAAGAGCUCUGAUGGGGAAUUUAUGCCUCAAACACGUCCACGCAGUAACACUCUUCCAAAAAGCUUUGGCUCUUCUCUAGACCAUGAAGUUGAAGAGAAUGAAGAUGAAUCCAGGGUCAUACAGAAGGAGAAAAAGCCAACUAAAGAGGCAACACUUGAACUUAUUCUGAAAAGACUAAAAGAGAAGCGUGUGGAAAGAAGUCUUCCAGAAGACAUUAAAAAAAUGACAAAAGAUCAUUUGGCCGAAGAGAAAACUUCUCUCCAGAAAAGUCUUCUGUACUAUGAAAGUCAGCAUGGAAGACCGGUAACCAGAGAAGAGAGACAUAUUGUUAAACCUCUCUAUGAUAGAUACCGGCUUGUGAAGCAGAUGCUGACGAGGGCAAGCAUCACCCCCAUUCUUGGAUCUCCAUCGACCAAGCGACGAGGUCAGAUGUUACAGCCUAUCAUAGAAGGAGAAACGGCCCAUUUUUUUGAAGAAAUUAAGGAAGAAGAAGAAGAUGGUGUUAGUUUGUCUUCUGAGUUAAAUGAUAUAUUGAAAACUGCUACACAAACACAGACCUUUUCAAGUUCAUUGGAAAAUUCAGAAUCUGAUGUUGAAGAAAGUCAAGAAAAACUGGCUCUGGACCUCCGUCUGUCAAGUACUCGAGCAGCUUCCAUGCCUGAAUUACUAGAGCAACUUUGGAAAGCCAGAGCUGAAAAAAAGAAGCUACGUAAAACAUUACGGGAAUUUGAAGAAGCAUUUUAUCAACAAAAUGGAAGGUAUUUUAAAAAAUGGCAGCCCCUGGAAUUCCUUUGGCAUAUAAUGUCCUCGAGGAGACAUGAAGCUCUGGCACAGUUUAUUCUUGGUUCAAUAAGCCAGACCUAGAAUUGUGGGAGCAGGAUUGGUGCCUUAAGCAAAUAAUGGUUACAAUUAAGAAAUAAAGAAUUUGACUUGGAAGUUCAAAAGAACUGUCCUUAAUUAAUCUGGAAGUUUUAGAUGAUGGUGCUGUUUAACAGCUGUAAAAAUGAUAACUUCAAAGUGGUAGCUAGUCUAGUGAUUGUUUUGGGAGAGCUAUUUGUGUGGGCUGUCACAAAAUCCUUGUUUGGGAGUAUACAUUUCCUUAUGACUUUAGAAAAUAAUUCUAUUGCCAUGUUUUACAUCCAACUCACUACAGGAUACAGAAUUGCCCACAUAUCCUAAGUCUUCUACCCUCUCUACCUUCUCUCCAUUACCUACAAAAUUCAGUGCAUGUUUAGCUUUGAAAGCAGUUUAUUCAACAAAAGAGGAAACGAAGAGCUUUGAAAAGUAGUCCUGUGUAAACUCUGCCCAAAUGAAUUUCUAGGUUUGGAAGAAUUUUUGAAGUUUAUAGUUAGUUGUUCAUACGAUUCACCCUUUUAAAUAUACUGUAACAAACUAAUUUGGAGGCUUGGAAUAUAUCAUUAGGUUUCAAAGAAUACUGAUCAGAAUGGGGGAGUAUAUUACCUGAACACACUAGUUGUGGGGGCAGGAAGCAGAACAAUUUUGGAAUAGUCAAACCUGCUUUUCAAAAAUUGUCACACACAGGUGUCUUUUAUAUAUACAAUUUAAUAUUUUUGAGACAUAGCAUUGAAGUGUUCUCAAAAUAUUCACACUGCCAUGAAAACAUGCUGGUUUAAACUUGUGUUUGCCUGGAGAUUCAUCAAAUUGUAAAAUGUGGCCAAGUUACUUAUAUAGGAAGUAUCUGGUUGCUUGCUAAAGUCCUAAGCAUUAAGAAGUAAAUACAUGAGAUCAGUAGCUUAAAAAAAUACUAGUAACAUGUUAUAACUGAAAAAGAAUUGCAUUGGCUUAUAGUGACUAUGCCUGGGGAAAAAAGCUUAAACUUUCUGGCUGCUCCUUCCUAUUUCAAAAACUAGACUCUUAGUAUUUUCUCUUUGUAACUUUCCUUUCCACACUGACCCCUUUAAAGAUAAUAAAAGACUUUGAGGAUAACAACAACUUUGAGGUUUGGAAUGCACUUUGCAUAUUUUAUGUCAUUCAGUCCAUAUUCAACUCUAUGAAGUUGGUAUUGCUACCAUCUUACAGAUAAGAAAACUUGAGUGUGAGAAGGUUUAAGUGACUUGCCCAGAGUCACAAAGCUUGUAUGUGAAGCAGUCAUUUCACAUGAGAUCUUCCAAAAAGCUCUGCAACCUUGCCCUAACAUUUGGCAAAACCUUCUACCUUGGAAGUGUUAUUGAAGGACCUGGUUAUAUAGGACAAGGACUUCAACAGCCAGACGAUAAGGUUUUUAGAAGAAUUUUUAGAAGAAUUCAGAUUGAAGGGGGUUAAAGGUUGGGAUGCAAUAAAAUGACAAAAUAAUGUGGCAUAAUUUGAUCUCACCUUUGCUUGCACAUCUCAUGUUUGUGUUGCAGUUAUCCUUUUCAUCACUCUGUUUAAUUUUGUACUGACAUAGUGCAAUUCCUUCUCUAGUUCCAGUGAAAAUAAGAAGAGUCUAAUAUAGAAUUUUAAAGAAGAGUAUAUAGUUAGGUGACUUGAAUCAUUACUUUAAGAAAGUUCAUACAGCCCAUACCUGAUAGACAUCUUUGAUAGAAAUGAAUAUUGAAGCUAUAUUGAGUGGAUGCAGGACACCUGAGCUCUGAUAGUUGCCAAGUUAUUACCCAAAGCAUUUUCAGAGCUGGAAGGAAUCUUGAGAGUAUUUAAAACUAAUCAUCAAUAUGAACAGGAAGGAAAUAGGACCUUAAGCUAGGGCUAGGUAAUCUGGUUUCUUGGUGUUUCAGUCAAGUGCUCUGCCCAUAUCACUCUUUAGGAAUUGUAAUGAUGCUUGUUCGAGUUGAUUAUACUACAAUCCUAAUGAAGUGAAAGGAUUGAAAAUGAUCCUAAACUUUGACCAUUGAUUAGUCUAUAAGGGUCUCUUUUCAAUAGAAAUAAUUGAAUGACCAAGCCCUUUGGAAGAUAAUUAAUUGGUAGAGUGUAUGUAAUAUGUGUAAAUGCAACUUUUAGGGACUUCCCAAUUAAAAAAUACGCUUUGACCAAGUCUUAGCUACCUUUUAUAAACCAUGGGUAAUUUUUGCUUUAGCUCAUUGUAAAAUAGGAUUAGAGAUUGUGCUGAAUAUCAAAAAAAUUAGGAUUCCAUUAAAAUCUAAGAAGGAAAAAAUAUUUUGAGGUUCCUACCUUAUCAUUGCCACACUAUCUUUGUACCACAUUACCACAUUAAAGGACAUUAACAAGUCCUUUGGUUCACUAGAAAUUCUAUAAAGUACAAAGAGUUCGCUUACUCUCGAAAUUCUUGUUGUGUGACAGUCUGAUAAGCAUCUGCGAUAUCGGAAUAAUAAUACUUUUGCUCAAGUCUUUCUUUCCAUUUUUUCAUCUCCUUUGCACUUUCAAUUUCCUUGUCAAGUUAAAGAAAACUAUGUGUUGAAACUUUUAUAUACAAACCAGCUUUUUUCAUAUGCAUGGCAUGAAUAUACAUUUGAGAGGUAAUUCUGCUGCUUACAGUAGGGCACCUGGAAGCCAAACUUUAAGAUAGAUUGUAAACAUUGGUACAUAGCCAUUUUGGGGUGGGCUGGGGGGCAACACUAGCUCCCAAAACUUUUUCAACCAGGAUUUUUUUCUUUUCAGUUAAGACUACCAGAAUUAUAGAUGUUUUAUUACUAUACCACCACUAUAGAUGUUUAUGAAAAAUAAGUCCUACAUCUUGAUCAAAGCCUCUUCUGGUCUGGACAGCUUCAGCUUUCUUUUUCCUGUUCAUAUAAAAUGGAGAAAUAGAGGGUCAUAAAAUGGUAAACCAUAACUGCCUAGAAAGGUAGGAUGAUAGUCUUACUGCUACCAAGAAAUAGUUUUAUAGUGAGAAUAAAAUGUUCACUUGUCUGUUCAAAUCUGUGCAAAUUAAUAUAGUAAUUCUUUAGGAAAUGAAGCAAAUGAUAGCAUUUGAAGUAUCAUUCUCUCUCUCUCUCUCUCUCUCUCUCACACACACACACACACACACACACACACACACACACACACACACUUAUUUCCUAUUGUCAGAGACCUUGGGCUAUGGAAGUUUCAUAUGCUGCAAAUGGGUCAGUUGCUAUGAAACAAGGCAAUUUAUGUUUCUUUUAAACCCUUACUUUCAGUCUUAGAAUGAUUCCAAGGGGUAAGUGACUAGGCAGUUGGAGUGAAGUGACUUGCCCAGAGUCACACAGUCAUGAAGUGUCUGAGACCAGAUUUGAACCCCGGACCUCUGGUCCCCAGACCUGGCUUUUUUUUUUUUAAACCCUUACCUUCAGUCUUGGAGUCAAUACUGAAGAUUGGUUCCAAGGCAGAAGAGUGGUAAAGGCUAGGCAAUGGGGGUCAAGUGACUUGCCCAGGGUCACACAGCUGGGAAGUGUCUGAGGCCAGAUUUGAACCUGGAACUUCUCAUCUCAAGGCCUGACUUUCAAUCCACUGAAUCACUAAACUAAAAUUAACUUUGUUUUGGGAACUUCUGGAUGUAACACCUGGAAGUUGGAAAUCUGUAAUUGGUUGUUCCUCAGCUUUUGGUUCAUUUAUCCCAGCAGUGAAAAACCCUUGUAAGUUACUACUUAAAAGUUAAACAUGAACAAAUCUAAAAGAUAAAGAACACUAUAAAGAGUCUUACACUUCACUUUUUGGUUUUUUGGGGGUUUUCUUUAAUUUCAAUUUCUCCACAGUCUUGGUAUAGCCCUGAAUAUAAGAGAAUUUGAGGUUAAAAAAAAUAUGCCCUCACAGUCUUUAACAAUUAUAUAAAACUUCUGAAAUGGUUUUACUGUUAACUCUCCUUAUGGAAAAAUAAAAAUAUAAUAGAGCCCUUAUCUCUUACCAAUUACAUGUUUGUCUCCCUUCUUCCCUAUCCCCUCUGGAGCUGGCAAGCAAUUUGAAAUGAGUUAUACGUUUCCAUAUUCAUUUUUAUAAGUGAACAAUCUUAUUAAGCCAAAACCUUAAAACAAACUCAGGUGAAAAAUCAUAUGUUUUCAUUUGCAUUCCUACUGUUUAACAGUUCUUUCUCUGGAGCUGGAUAACAUUCUUUUUCACAAGUCCCUCAGAAGGGUCCUGGAUCAUUGUAUUGCUGUUAAUAGUGGCUGAUACUACCCUGAAUUCCCUAUCCUGUCUUGCUGUCUGGCUGCCCUGCUGCUCUGCUAUCCUGUUGUCCUGCUGCUUUGCUGAUCUGUUGUUAUCUACUGUAGUUCCUGGUGAUCCGGAACCAUCUGGCAUCUGAUUGUGAGACCAGACCAUGGACCUUUUUGGAUCUAGGACCUUCCCUGUGCCCUCUUUCAGGCUUACACAGACCCUUUCCUUAAAAUCAGCUAGUUUAGCCAAGAUCAGGAACUGGGAUUUUAGGCAGUGAGGAGAGGAUUAGAGUAGGGAAAAAUCACUCUGAAGAAAUCUUGGGGUAUUAGGAAAUUAGCUUCAAGUUAUCCCUUUUCCUUCUACCUUAUUCUUUUUUUUAUUAAAACCUACUUUCCCAUUUCACUGAGUGAUCUGUGUGUGUUAUCUCAGACCAGGCUUUGCCUGGCUGGGUUUUGUUGGCCUUCCCAAACCACAGAUAAUCUUCUGAUAAUCUUCUGAUACUGGUCUAACAUAAUUCAUCCCUAUAUAUCCCAAACUCCCUUUCCCUUUUUACAGUAGCCAAGUCUAUCACUGAUGAUCAUCCCACAAUAUUGCAGUUACAGUGUACAGUGUUCUCCUGGUUCUGCUUAUUUCACUCAUUAUCAGUUUAUGAUAGGCCCUUUCUGAAAUCAUCCAGUUCAUCAUUCCUUUUAGCACAAUAGUAUUCCAUCACCAUCAUAUACCACAAUUUGUUCAGUCAUUCCCCAAUUGAAGGGCAUCCCUUUAGUUACCAUUCUUUGCCAUCACAAAAAGAGCAGCUAUAAAUAUUUUUGUACAAAUGGAUCCUUUCCCAUUUUAUCUCUUUCGGAUACAGACCUAGUACUGGAUCAAAGGGUUUGCAUUCUUUUAUAGCCCUUAUCUAAUAAUCAUCCCUGUCUUCUGUUGCCUUUCACACUAUGGCAGUGAAAUACUAAGUGGUGGUUGAAGAUUGAGGGUAUAAAUGGACCUUUUACAGGAAAGUUUUUGAUUUUUAAAAAACCUAAUACAUUAUUUUUAGUUACAUUAUGGUUAUUACGAUUGUGCCAUGGAAUUUUACCAAAAAAUUCUCAUGUAAUAUUUAAAUUUAUAUAUUGAACUGCUUCUGUGGUAUCUUAUUAACAAAUAAUAGCAUUUCUAUCAUCUCAUGAUAAUCUAUCAUUUUCCACCAUACCAUACCAUCCUCCUACUGAAUAAGUACUUUCCAAUGGAGGAAAAUUAAGGCCAGGGGGCUUGUGGGUAGAGUCAUCUCUAGUCUGCAACCCAAUAUCAACAGUUUGUACUUUUCUGCAGUGUUACAGCAAUGUUACAAAGUGUACCAAUGGGUAUCAUUUAAAUCACAACAUGUUAAAGUUGAUAGAAGCACAUUUGACGCCCCCCCCAAAAAUACAAGGAGUUAAGAUUUCUUUUUUCAUUGGCUCUGCCUAUCGGUUUGGCAAUUACUAUGAACUUUGUGUCCCUGUGAGAAUUAGGAAAAUUUCACUAUACUAACUUCAGUGAAGUGGCACAGACAAUAUUACAAGGGACAAUAUGAAAAAAUAAAACAUUGAGACCAGUGGUUAAUGGAUAUCCAAACUAAGGUAAAAUAAAUCCAGUAAGAUUUUGAUCCUAUGACCUUACUAAAGAAGCUAAUUUUACUUACUGCUUUGAUUUGAUCUGCUAACGCAGAUCGUGGCAUUCUACCAAUGGAAUAGUCAGCUUUCACUUCUGAAUAGGCGUCAUUAAUAAUUGCCAAGAACAUGUUCUGUGGAGAAGUAUUCCAAGAAAUUAGUAAAUUCUAGUUGAAUGAGCUUGACAAAGGCUCAUUUUAGUAAGUUGGAAACAAGAAAUGUCUUAAUAUCUGAUAUUAAGAGGGGACUAAUGGGUGAAAAGAAAAGUCUGCAGUUAUGGAAAGAGAAAUCCUUUUCAUUGAAGAGGGUUUUCUAUAACGGUGUCAUUAAUGUACUUGGUACAGGCCUUAUUGGGAUGGAUGCUUUCUGGCAGAUUUAAGGAAAUGCUUUCCUCUUGGAACGUGCUUGUGAUCUGUUCUUGAGGAUUUCUAGAGCUUUUGAGCUUGCAUUUUGAUCCUUUAGGUCCGUGACUGCUUAAGAGUGUGAAGAGCCCAGGUUGUGCAUGUCACUGUUGUAUCUGCUAACUUUUUGAACUUCUAGGGGCUCUCACAAAAACCAUAAAGAAUACUCAGAGAUUCCAAUGGUAAGAUUAAUAUAGUCUUUCCUAGAACUCAAAUAAUACUUUUAGGUUAUCAUUUAUUCCUUUCCCCUUUAAGAAAAGUAUCUGGCUUGAGGAGGUUAUUUGAUUUUCUUUAGGUCAAUCAAUUUCUGACUUUCUACAAUGCAGUGAGCAAUUUCUAAGGCAAUGGACCCAUGAAAAAAUUAAUUGCAUUUUUUUUUUCAGAAUUAAGGGUUUCAUAAUUUUUCUCUCUCUGCAAGCUUUUGGAGUCCCAUGACAGACUGCACAGUUAGCACUCUUACCAGCAAGACAAAGAAUACAAAGAAUAUGAAAGUGAUGAAGUAAGCAGGUCCCAGCACCCAGUUGGCCUUUUCAAUGUUGGCAAAAUUAAAAUCUCCCAGAACAAUUCGAAACUGUGUAAAUCUUAAAAAGAAAGAAAAACAUUAGGAAAAAAAGGAAUUCCAACCAUCUCAUCAAAACAAAACUGGAGGCUGCUACUAUCUUAAAGUGUUCUAGUUGCACAAAAUAUGUGAUUUGGGUAAAGUAAGGAAUUAGAUCUCAGAGCCUGCUUACUCUUAACCACUGAACUGGCAGGAUAGGGGAGAAGGAUAGGAAGGAGCAGUACAAGCCUGAAAGGGUGACCCUAAAGAAGAAGAAACUCGGAAUAUAACCUGUGGAAAUGUGGUAUUGGAAUUUUGAAGCCUUGGACCUGGAGAAAUUUUUUUUUUUAUGACCUACUUUUUAAUUGGCCAAGGCCUCAGUGACUCCAUUUCCCACCAUUCCCUUCUAAAGUACAGUAAUGCAGUUUUCUGAUGCUCCAGGUUUUACAUCAAGUAGUCUUGCCAUGUUCCUGGGCUCUUGAACUCUAAACUUUUUGGCUUCUUGGUAUGAUGUCAUUUGCAUUUAUUCCUUUUCUUUGCCUUGUCUUAGUAAAAUGGGCACUAUAGAUCUUUACCAUCUACUGGUACCCAUUUACAGCUAUUUUCUUCCUUGUAGAUGCUGUGCUGACAUAAGUCUAGAAACUAACUACGUAAAAUUCCUUCUUUAAUGCAUUUAGAAAUGUCAAAAUAAUUUUCAUAUUCUCUUUCUGUAGGCAGAAAAGGCAAAGAGAGGUUUAUAGUCCUAACAAUUAGCAAGGUGCUUUUUAUUUUAUUCAUUUUUCCAUUCCUUCUUAACAAGACUAGAGCCAAAAUAAGGUUAGGCAUUCCUAACUUUAAACUCCAUUUUCUGUUUACUAUAAACAUAUGCUUGCUGCAUUCUGUAUAAGAGGAUUGAACUAGAGUAUUUCAAAGUUCAUUUUUUUUUUCUCAAACAGCUUAUGUAAAUAACUUGUUGCUGAGGCUCAGCAUUUGUGGAUGUCAAAUUUUCUAGUGAUAUCAGGAAUGUAAUAUAUAUGUUUGUGUAUUGCACAUAGAUUUAAUUUUAGAAAGAAGUUUUUCCAUGGCGUUCUGAUAGUCUUUGUCAAAUAACAGAGACGUUUUCUUAUCAACCAGAAGACAAAGUUGAGGAUCAGCAAUAGUGGAAGAAUGAAAUAUAUUCACUAAGGACAUUUGGAGUUGCAGAACACUACAGGUUUUAAUGUCCCCUAUCUCUAGGUUGGAUUUGUCUGGAAUCAUUCAGCAAGCCUUUAUUAAACUUCUACUAUGUGCCAAGUAUUGAAUUGCCCUUGACAAAGGAUUGAUUCUGUUUUUAAGACUGUUGAUUAAAGCUUCUAUACAAAGCAGGGAAAGAAGCUGAGCAAGAUAAGUCAGAGAAAUCAAUCCUCAAAAUUAUUUUUCUCUUUGGCCUAGGAGGGUAAGAAACUGCCACUAUUUCCUCCUGCCCUUGGGGUACAUGUUUUUAUUUUAUUUUUUUAAACCCUUACCUUUCAUCUUGGAGUCAAUACUGUGUAUUGGUUCCAAGGCAGAAGAGUGGUAAGGGAGGGCUAGGCAAUGGGGGUUAAGUGACUUGCCCAGGGUCACACAGCUGGGAAGUGUCUGAGGCUAGAUUUGAAUCUAGGACCUCCUGUCUCUAGACCUGACUCUCAAUCCACUGAGCCCAGCUGCCCAGGGUACAUGUUUUUAGAGAGAAGAAUGGUCAUGGUUUUCAUUCUUCAGUCUCUUCCGAAAUAUUCUCAACUGAAACUAUCAUCUAGAACUCUCACUUCAGGUGGAAAUACUCUGACUAUAUGCAGAGCAGAGCAAAACCAAAUAAUGAGAACUGGAUUGAUAAAUGGGAGGAAGCUCAUAGGGUCAGAGGAAUCAAAACAGCAGCUUUUCCCCUCAUAUGGGUCUCUGGAUUAUCCAAACUACUGUAGCACCUCCCUAGGGAGGAUUAUUAAAAAUAUACUAUGACCGUAUAUGUUGGAAAUGAUGCUAGACAGAAUCUAACCCAGUUCAUUUUGAGGAUUAGGAAACUGACCCUCAAAGAAUUGAGGUAAUUUGCUCAAUGAUGCCUACCUAGCAAGUGUCAAGUCAAAACUUGAAUCCUAAUUGCCAGGUUUCCGGUCUAGUGUCUACAUCAUGCUAUUACAAGCACACACUGCCUAAAAUUAUUAGUUGGUUCCAUGAAAGUAUUAAGCAAAGCUGUUUAUAGUGAACCAGAGCAGACUAGGGACAGAGUUAAAUAGGAGGGUAGCUAUGUCUUUUUUUUUUUAUAUAAAAAGCCUUACCUUCCGUCUUGGAGUCAAUACUGUGUAUUGGCUCCAAGGCAGAAGAGCGGUAAGGGCUAGGCAAUGGGGGUCAAGUGACUUGCCCAGGGUCAUACAGCUAGGAAGUGUCUGAGGCCAGAUUUGAACCCAGGACCUCCCAUCUCUAGGCCUGGCUCUCAAUCCACUGAGCUACCCAGCUGCCCCCGUAGCUAUGUCUUAAUGACAUUGCAAGAGUAUUGUUUGGGGAAAAUAUUAAAUGAAGUAUGCUUAUAAUUAAAAAAGUUAUUCAAGAUUUCUAUAAGGAUCCCAUUUCAAUUAUAUCCAGGAACUAUGGGGUGGGGGUGGGGGAAAUGGUAGUGUAGUCUUAAGAUAGUUCCAUUUAUUUGAAUUUUCUUAAGCUGGUAGAUUUUAAACAAUAAACAACUUCCUGGGGGGGGAAAUGUGUACAAAUCAAUUUAAAAAAACAUAGCGGAUCCUAUUUUAAGGAUCAAAAGGAAACUUGUGUUUUAACAAAACACUGGAUUUAAUCCUUUUGUAAGGAUUUCGAUUCAAAUAGCAUUUCCUAAGGAAGGCACUGUACCAAGGUGAUGGGGAUGCAAGACAAAAGUAAACUACUUUCAGGGAGCUGACAUUCUGCCAGGGGCGUGUAAUAUUUACACAAAUACAUAUGUGUCAUAGGAAAUGGCACAUGAGCUAAGUUUCUAAGGAAGCUCAGCAUUAUCUGAGGCAGAGGCGAGGAGGGGUUAUAUUUCCAGACCUGGGGAUCAAUUUAAUUUGUGCCAAGGCAGAGAGCAGCAGGAAACUGGAUCUGAGGGACCAGCCAGUAGACCAGUUUGCCUGGAAGAACACAAAAGCAUGUAUUUCAUUGCUUUUGAAGUUGUGGACAUUCUCUAGCUCUUGCCUGAUCCUGGCUGAUUUGGUUAUUUAAAAUGGGUUUAAGUAGAAGUUAGGCAAGUUGAACGCAAGUGAGCAUGGCAUAAGGAUUCCAAAAUGACUGCAGGAAAAACCUCUUAGUUCUUCUUCCUGGGGAAUGUGUUUUCCUAGAAACUCUUUCUGACAAUUUUAUUCAUUUUGCAUCCAAAACACUGGGCUAGGCACUGACAAAGGGGAUUUAAAUAAAAUAGAAUUCCUGUCUUCCUAGAACUGGUCUCACAAAGGCCCAAUACCUGGAUCAGCCUCCUCCUCUCUAAAAUGAGGUAGCUAAUAUAUUAUCUCACAGGGUUGUUGUGAGAAAAGUACAAUGUAAACUUUAAUAUGUUAUCAAAAUGGGUAUACCAAUAAACCUGGUUGUCACCUGAAAAUAAAUUUAA